AUGCACGCGACAGCAUCCCCUGCGCCCGUGCGCAAUGCCGUCGCCGGCUGCACUCAUUCCCGCUCGCCGGCGGCCUUUCAUUCGCCGUCAGCCAGAAACCCUCCUCGAGGCGGCUCGGCAUCUGGCGCCGCCAUGUUCACUCGCGCCACCGCAGCGGCUCCAGGAUGCGGUUUGGCGGUCGGACGCGUCGCGUGCGCUUCUCUCAAGAUUAGGCCGACAUACUGCACGAAUAAAGCGCGCGCCGCCUUCGAGGCGUCGCGAAAGCAGGCUGAUAGCAAAGCGCUUCGGCUCGUCCGCGAGGGACGUAGAGGGUCGAGGAGGGGGAUCGCGGCGCCCGCAGCCGACGGAGGCGCAGCCUCUGCGAGUGUGACUGAAGCGGAUGUGGCUGAAGCGGAUGCUGCGGCAGUGGAGGCGGCGGCGUGGGAGAUUCUGGACGACUUUAACCGACGAGACGUGCGCGGCGAGCCGCAGGUCUCCCUGGCAACCCCAGGGGGCGUUGCAGCACUCAAGGCCUCUCUGCUGCUAGCUGCCGAAGCUGCACUACGAGACGAAUCCGCCCGCCCGCUGCUUGGCAUCUGCUGCGGCAGUGUGGAGGAGGGCUUUGCCGCCCUCCGCCAGUACCUGGUCGCUCUCGGCUGCGCUGACCCUGCUCUGAUGGAUCAACCUGGGGGGCUGCUGGUGGCAUGGCAGGCCAAGCACACCAAGGAGGUGGUGGGGCCUGCGUACAUCAAGUUCAACAGCAACUCCAAGACAUGCCAAGUCUCACCAUACCAGACAGGGUCGUUCCGAGGAGUGAUCGUUCAGACAUGUCAAGUGUCGCCAUACCAGACAGGGACAUUCCGAGGAGUGAUUGUUCAG